GAUAAGGUAAAUUCAGUGAACUGAUCAUUAAAUCUUUGGUUCAUCCGGUCCGAGAAGCUGCUCAUCAGUUGGCUGAAGACGAGAUAAAAAAGGCAGAAACAGAAAGCAAGAUUUUAAGAGCAGAGAAACAGACGACAAGUUGCACAUGCGAGAAGAGACAGACGGUCGACAUACGAGGAGAGACAGGCGGUCGACAUACGAGAAGAGACAGACGGUCUACCUGGACAUGGAUCCUCUGCUGAUGGUGUUGCUGUUGCUAUGGAGAUCAGGACUCUGGGCUGAAGGAAGACACCACUCAACCGGUUCUCAGGAGUGUGAAACCACAGCCAAGGCUGACAUCAUGCUGUUGGUGGACGGCUCCUAUAGCAUCGGCCUUUCAAACUUUCAAACCAUCAGGAGCUUUCUCGCUGGAAUGGUCAGCAAUUUUAACAUUGGACCAGACAGAGUCCAGAUUGGUCUGGUUCAGUACAGUAGAAACCCAAUCACCGAGUGGCACCUGAACACCCACCAGACCAAAUAUUCCCUGCUAAAGGUCAUCGGCAAUCUGCCAUACAGAGGAGGAAACACAAAUACAGGUGAUAUAACAGUAGGUUGUCACACACGGUUCACAAUGGGAGUCAAAUAUAUUUACUUCUGUAGGUCCAUCAGUGGAGGAAACUGA